GAGUCUGUAAUAGUAGAUGCUGACUCAUUUGUCUCUGGACUGGGAAAUUUGACCCAUUGAAAUUUAAGCUGAUUUCCAGAGUUUAUCUACUGCGAAAAUUAAGUUUAGGCUUGCUAAGGUACUUACGGGUCCUGCAGUGUUUUUCAGUUUUGGAUUAUAAUAAAUAAUGUGCUUCACAGGAAAAACCCACAGUUGAAAAUUUUUAUCACUGAUAGGAAAUACUUUCCACGGGGUUAUAUAUAAUAUAGCACCCAGCAGCCCCCUUUGGGAUGCUCUUGUCAGGUAAUGGCUGUAAACCUAGCUAGUGUUGAAGAUUGUUGGAUAGGAGUUAGUUUGACUAACUCCACCCUAAGGCAGUUAUUUGCUUCUGAUAAUGUGCUUCUCUCUUAUAGAAUAAGUUUCCUAGCUAAACCUGAGGCAAACAAUGAAACCUAGUUAAAAAUGCCCUUGUGGAACUCUUCUGUGUAAGUGCCUUCUUUCUGCCCUCCCAGAUGAGCAUUACACAGACCGCAGUGGCUUCAAGUAGUUCUGUAAUUCUGACCUUCAUGUUGGGUAGUCUCUUUUCAGAAAGCUGUAUGGGAAGGAAGCUGCUGCUUAUUUUCUGUGAUUCCUCCACUGCCCUUUCAUUUCAGGCCCAUAAAAUUAGACUUUUAAAACUAGAAAGACCUUGACCAUCUCUUGUGAAUUCAUACUAGGUAUAUAAAGUACAUGAGUUCUGAGCAUUCUGCACAAGUUUGGCAAAUUGAUGUAAUCAUUUCCUGUUAACCUGGCGAAUGCAUAGUUAUCUAGGAAAAUGUUUGCAUUGUCUCCAACCAGGUGCAUUUUACAGUUUUUCUACUUCUAUUUAUUUAGGUACCUGGGAUUAUUAUUAGAUACCUAGGGUUAUAUAAUCACUGAGCCAUAUUCCCAGCCUUUUUUAUUUUUUAUUUUGAGACAGGGUCUUGCUAAGUUACAUAAGGUCUCAGUAAGUUAAUGAGACUGGCUUGAACUUGCAAUCCUCCUGCUUCAGCUUCCUGACUCUGGGAAUAGAGGCAAUGUCCCACUGGGUCUGGCAGUUUUUCUGCUUUUAAAGAAACUCUUAAUACUACCCAAAAUUUGCCCAGUGAUUUCAGGAUAACCAGAAUAGUAAAGGAUGGGAAAAGAUUUUAGUUCCAAGGUUUUCAGUAUGUUCUUUUUCAUGUCAUUUGGAACCUCAUGUGCUUGAAGCAUGCACCAAUACUCUUUAAGAAAUAAAAUCUUUACACCUUAUUAAUUAACACACAGUCCAUCAUCAAGUGUUUCAGGAUAGGGAAAUAUGUCAGAAAAGAGUUCAUAAAGAUGGUCCUUGAGCUGAGUCUGGAAGAAAUAAGUAGGACCUCAAGGAACAGGGGAAGAAUGUUAGUGGAUAAAUGGAUUCUGUCUCAUUUUGGAGAAAAUGGAGGGCGAUGAACUUAUUAGGCAGUGAAGAUCUCUGGAACAGAUCCUCAAAAGCAGGUGUGGCAACUCAGAAUGAUGGAUCAAGCCAGAUCAGCACUCUCUAACUUGUUUGGUGGAGAACCAUUGUCAUAUACCCGGUUUAGUCUGGCACGGCAAGUAGAUGGAGAUAACAGUCAUGUGGAGAUGAAACUAGCUGUAGAUGAAGAAGAAAAUACUGACAAUAAUAUGAGAGCCAGUGUCACAAAACCAAAAAGGUUUAAUGGAAGUAUCUGCUAUGGGACUAUUGCUGUCAUCAUCUUUUUCUUGAUUGGAUUUAUGAUUGGCUAUCUGGGCUACUGUAAACGUGUAGAACCAAAAACUGAUUGUGGAAAAUCAGCUGGAACAGAGAUGGAGGAAUCAGAGAUGGCAGCAGAAGAGGACAUCCUUGAACUACCUUCUCGCUUGUAUUGGGCAGACCUUAAACCAAUGUUGUCAGAGAAACUGAAUACCAUAGAUUUCACUGGCACUAUCAAGCAACUGAAUCAAAAUACAUAUGUCCCUCGUGAGGCUGGGUCUCAGAAAGAUGAAAAUCUUGCCAAUUUUGUUGAAAAUCAAUUCCGUGAAUUUAAACUCGACAAAGUCUGGCGUGAUGAACAUUAUGUUAAGAUUCAGGUCAAAGGCAGCAAUGCUCAAAACUCGGUGGCAGUAAUGAAUAUGAAUAAUACCCUGGUAGAGCCAGUGGAGAGUCCAGAGGGUUAUGUGGCAUACAGCAAAGCUACAACAGUUACUGGCAAAUUGGUUCAUGCUAAUUUUGGCACAAAAAAAGACUUUGAGGAUUUAAAUGCUUCCGUUAAUGGAUCUUUAGUGAUUGUUAGAGCUGGGAAAAUCACUUUUGCAGAAAAGGUUGCAAAUGCCGAAAGUGCCAAUGCAAUUGGUGUCUUAAUAUACAUGGACCAGGCUACAUUUCCCAUUGUUAAGGCAGACAUUCCAGUCUUUGGACAUGCUCAUCUGGGAACAGGUGACCCUUACACACCUGGAUUCCCGUCUUUCAAUCAUACUCAGUUUCCUCCAUCUCAGUCAUCAGGAUUGCCUAAUAUUCCUGUCCAAACAAUUUCCAGAAAAGGUGCAGAAAAACUGUUUGUAUAUAUGGUAGGAGACUGUCCAACUAGUUGGAAAACAGACUCUUCAUGUAGGAUGCAAUUGGCAGAGGAUAGGAAUGUGAAGCUUACUGUGAACAAUGUGCUGAAAGAGACAAGAAUUCUUAAUAUCUUUGGAGUUAUUAAAGGCUUUGAAGAACCAGAUCGCUAUAUUGUAGUAGGGGCCCAGAGGGAUGCCUGGACUGAUGGAGCUGCAAAGUCCAGUGUAGGAACAGCUCUUCUCUUGGAACUUGCCCGGACAUUCUCAGAUAUGGUCUUAAAAGGUGGGUUUAAACCCAGCAGGAGCAUUAUUUUUGCCAGUUGGAGUGCUGGAGACUUUGGAGCUGUUGGUGCCACUGAAUGGCUUGAGGGAUACCUUUCCUCUUUGCAUUUAAAGGCUUUUACUUACAUUAAUCUGGAUAAAGUUGUUCUUGGUACCAGCAACUUCAAGGUUUCCGCCAGCCCACUCUUAUACAAGCUUAUUGAGAAAACGAUGCAAGACGUGAAACAUCCACUUACUGGACUAUCUUUGUAUCGGGACAGCAACUGGGUCAACAAAGUUGAGACACUUUCUUUUGAUAAUGCUGCUUUCCCUUUUCUUGCAUAUUCUGGAAUUCCAGCAGUCUCUUUCUGUUUUUGUGAGGAUGGAGAUUAUCCUUAUUUGAAUACUAAUUUGGAUACCUAUGAUGUACUGAUUGAAGAAAUUCCUCAGUUGAACAAAAUGAUGCGUGCAGCAGCAGAAGUAGCUGGGCAGUUCAUGAUUAAACUUACCCAUGAUGUUGAGUUGAACCUGGACUAUGAGAUGUAUAACAACAAACUGUUUUCAUUUGUGAGAGAUCUGAACCAGUACCGAGCAGACAUAAAGGAGAUGGGCCUGAAUCUACAGUGGCUAUAUUCUGCUCGUGGAGACUUUUUUCGUGCUACUUCCAGACUAACAACAGAUUUCCAUAAUGCUGAGAAAACAAACAGAUUUGUCAUGAGGGAAAUCAAUGACCGUAUCAUGAAAGUGGAGUAUCACUUCCUUUCACCCUAUGUGUCUCCAAGAGAUUCUCCUUUCCGGCACAUCUUCUGGGGCUCAGGCUCUCAUACUGUGUCAGCUUUACUGGAGAACUUGAAACUACGACAGAAAAAUAACGGUGCUUUUAAUGAAACUCUGUUUAGAAACCAGUUGGCUCUAACUACUUGGACUAUUCAAGGAGCAGCAAAUGCUCUUUCUGGUGACAUUUGGAAUAUUGACAAUGAGUUUUAAACAUGAAGUAAGAAUUUCAGGGUAGUCUGGUUUCUAGACUUGUGCUGGUUGUGCUAAAUUUUCAGUAGGACUACAAAACCUAAUGUUAAAAUUCUACCCAAUCAUCUCGAUGCUACUAGAUGUCUGUAGGUGGCAGCUUUUAAUACAGGGUAGGUACCUGCAUUUCAAGUUAAACCACCAAAAAACAUUCAUGACAGAAUAUUUUCUCUGAUUAUCUUUAGAAUGUUAAGUGCUUUGUAAAGGUAACUGCCUCUCGCAUCGUAGUUAGGAAAAUGUCAGAACCAGUUACAUGAACUGUUGCUCUAAAUCCCAAGGACAGGAGCUGACAUGAGCUGGUUUCUUUUUUCUUUUCUCUCUCUCUCUUUCUCUCUCUCUCUCUCUUUCUUUCUCUUUCUCUUUCUCUUUCCCAGUACUGGGGAUUGAAUCCAGGGGUGCUCUACUGCCGAGCUACAUCCCCAGCUCUUUUUUUAUUUUGAGACAGGAUCUCACAAAGUUGCUGAGGCUGGCCUCAAAUUUGCCAUCCUCCUGCCUCAGCUUCCCAAGUUGCUGGGAGUUUAGGUAUGUGUCAUUGUACCCAGCUGAGCUGGUAUCUUUUGAGGUAGAAGGAAGAAGGUGAUAUCUAGUGAAGGUUCAAAAUGGUAUCUUGGUGUGAUCCUUCACAUUCAUUUGAUGCUGAGAGAUACCAGAUUGUAAGACCCUAUUCUCCAAAUGCCCUUCUAUAAGGAUUUAGCUGGUUUCUGCAUACCUGAAUGAAACAGUUAACUUUCAGAAGAGAGAGGAUUUGUUUUCUUACCGAUGAAAUCUGAACUGGAGAUCCUUCAGUUGGAUAAAAUGAGGUUCAACUGUUUAUUUCAGGAGUAAGGCCUUAAUGUGUUAAUAUUAUUCAUGAAAAGAGGAGACCAGAAGCCAAAGACUUAGUACAUUUUCUUUUCCUCUGAUCUCUGCCCCCGGGCCCCAUAACCUUUGUUUCGUUCUUUGUCGUUUUUGUUUCUUCCAAAGUAUUCUGAAAGAGAAUCAGUUUUAGGCAUUUAAUUUCAGACUCAGUUUGUCAGACUUUAAAAGAACACACUGCCAAUUUUUGGUCAAAGUGUUAAUCUUUUGGGAAAGCUUUCUAUCGUUUUGGCACUGAGAUAUUUAUUGUUUAUUUAUCAGUGACAGAGUUCACUAUAAAUGGUGUUUUUUUUAUAGAAGAUAAUUAUCGGAAGCAGUGCCUUCCAUAAUUAUGACAGUUAUACUGUCGUUUUUUUUGAAUAAAAGCAGCAUCUGCUAAUAAAACCCAACAGAUACUGGAAGUUUUGCACUCAUGGCCAACACUUGAGGGUUUUAGAAAAUAGCCGCAAGCCAAAUAAAAUUAUAAUGCUAAGUAUUGGAAAAGGAUUAAAUUUAAUUAGGGGUUGCUAAUCAAGUUAGACUUCUAUUUAACUGACCAGAUAAAAAUGAUAUUUCUGCUAAAUGCAGUGAAUUGUGACCAAUUUAUAAAUAUAUGUCACUUAAAGGCUGUGGUAGUAUUCAUAUAUGCAAAAUUUUACAGCUCAAUUUUGUCCAGAGUGUAACUUAAAUUCCAAUUUUGCAAAAUUUCCAGUACCUUUGUCGCAAACCUAACUCACAUUAUCGGGAGCAGUGUCUUCCAUAAUGUAUAAAGAACAAGGUAGUUUUUGCCUACCACAGUGUCUAUAUCGGAGACAGUGAUCUCCAUAUGUUACACUAAGGGUGUACGUAAUUAUCGGGAACAGUGUUUCCCAUAAUUUUCUUCAUGCAAUGACAUCUUCAAAGCUUGAAGAUAGUUAGUAUCUAACAUAUAUUCCCAACUCCCUAUAACUCUCUUAGUUUUAGUUGCAGAAACAUUUUGUGGUCAAUUAAGCAUUUGGUGGUAAAUUCAACUGCUGUAAAAUAAAAUUGUUACUCAAGAACUUUUUUUUUAAUUUAAUAUGGGUGUUUUGUUUUCUUUGUGGUUCCUCUAGGUCUUCAGUUUAGUGGAAUAGUAGCAUACAUUUAUAAUGUUUGCUGUUGACUAAUGAAUAUAACUUUAGCCCCUGAUUUGCAUGUUAUAGCAUAUAAACUUAAUUCAGGCAAGUUUGAGUUCAGAAUUGGUCAUAUGGCUUAAAGCAAGGGGAACUUGCAUAGAUUUGGGGUGGGGAGGAGUCGAAUGUGGGGAGGCAAAGCUUGCAAAGAGGAUCUUUGAUCAUGUCUACAUACCCAUUAGUAUGGGCUAUAAAUUAUCUAGAUAUGAACAAGUAAGUUUGAGGCUAUGUGAGUAAAAAGUCUAUUUUCUACUUAGCCAUCGUUAUAAUCCUGAAAAUCAAAUGUGUCAUAAGAUGGUUCAAAAUUGCCACCUGAGAAAAAAGUCCAUAGGAUCUCUUAAGGUUCUUGAACUUAGUGUCACUUACCUAAAUUAUGAUAGACUAGUUUAUUUUGCAGUCUUAUUAAACUGUUCGCUACUCAUGGUCUCUUUAAUCUUCACAGUGUUUAGUCUGUGUAGCUAAAUGAAAGGUCAUAGCUGGGAUUCAUAGUUUGGAUAUCAUGCAUUCAUAGUUUAAUGAAAGCUCAGUGACUUUAAGGCAUGAUGUGGAUAAAGGGUAUAUGUUUUACCAGGAAGUCUCUUCAAAUAGACUGACCCUUUUCUAUGAUUAGGGUUAAGUUAUUUCCAAUAAAACAAACCAGUAAAUGGUAAGAGGCUAAAUAUACCUGAUUGAACUGUGUGUCUGACAUGUGACAGUGACAGCCUGCUGGUCUUAGAGUUUUUUCCUGCUUAAAGAUAUGUGCGUUUGAAAGGUGAAGGGUAAAUUGAGUGAGCUCUGUCAUGAUUCACUAUUCUAGAACUUGCAUGACCUUUUCUGUGUUUACUCUUUGAAUGUUUUUGAAAUUUUAGACUUGCCAGUGUACUGCUCAGCUGUAUCUUGUAAACAAAUGACAUGCCCUUAUGCUGUAUACAAGUUGGUAUGUACAACAAUGUGGAGAUUUAUCUGAUUUAAUAAAAUGCUUGAACACUGAACUGUUAUUUUUUUAAAAGUC